CGCAGCGCUUAGUCAGCAGCUGGGCUCGGUUUUGAAACAAAAGCCAAUGUCCUCCCUCGGAGUCUGCGGCCGGUCAGUUCCUAGGGGGAAGAAAGCUAUGCUGCCCAGCCGGUAAGUCCAGCUACGAGCAGGGACUUCUGUUCUUCACUUCCGUGAGCCAGGGCUUCAUAAAUGGACACGGACAUGGACUACGAAAGACCCAACGUUGAAACCAUCAAGUGCGUGGUUGUGGGAGACAAUGCCGUGGGGAAGACUCGCCUGAUCUGUGCCCGGGCAUGCAACACCACACUGACCCAGUACCAGCUGCUGGCCACCCACGUGCCCACUGUGUGGGCCAUUGACCAGUACCGUGUCUGCCAGGAGGUCCUGGAACGGUCCAGGGAUGUCGUCGAUGAAGUGAGCAUUUCUCUCAGGCUUUGGGACACUUUCGGAGAUCACCACAAAGACAGGCGUUUCGCCUACGGCAGGUCUGAUGUUGUGGUCCUCUGUUUUUCAAUCGCGAAUCCCAACUCCCUAAAUCAUGUGAAAACCAUGUGGUAUCAAGAAAUCAAGCACUUUUGCCCUCGAACACCUGUUGUCCUGGUUGGCUGCCAGCUAGACCUCCGCUACGCUGAUCUGGAAGCUGUUAACCGGGCCAGACGCCCCUUAGCAAGGCCCAUAAAGAGAGGUGACAUUUUGCCCCCAGAAAAAGGCCGAGAGGUGGCGAAGGAACUUGGCAUCCCUUACUACGAGACCAGCGUGUUUGAUCAGUUUGGCAUCAAGGAUGUGUUCGACAAUGCCAUCCGGGCAGCCCUCAUCUCCCGCCGGCACCUGCAGUUCUGGAAAUCCCACUUGAAAAAAGUCCAGAAGCCUCUGCUUCAGGCGCCCUUCCUACCUCCGAAAGCCCCUCCCCCGGUCAUCAAGGUCCCCGAGUGUCCGUCCGCGGGGACAAGCGAUGCCGCCUGUUUACUGGACAACCCUCUAUGUGCCGAUGUCCUCUUUGUUCUCCAGGGCCAGGAGCACAUCUUUGCCCACCGCAUUUACCUCGCUACCUCCUCUUCCAAAUUCUACGACCUUUUUUUAAUGGAGUGUGAAGAAUCCCCCGGUUGGGGUGGCGGCGCUGGGGAGGAGAUGCCAUGCAGGGAUUUUCAGGGGCGGACGCAGAGCAUUGGCCCAGCCGAGGAAGGGAAGAAAAGCUCCCAGAGGACCCUUCAGGCUGCUGGCCCAGGAGCUUCUUCAGUCCAGGACCUGCUAGAGAGCCUGGCUUUGCAGACGGAGGCCUCGGGUUCCGAGGCACAGGCCCUGACUGGCUGGAGCAAGGGGUUUGUCAGCAUGCACAGGGAGGCGCGGGUCAACCCCAUUUCUAAGAGAGUAGGCCCAGUGACCGUAGUCAGGCUGGACUCGUCAAUGCAGUCGGGCCCUUUCCGGACCCUGCUGCGAUUCCUCUACACUGGGCAGCUGGACGAGAAGGAGAAAGAUUUGCUGGGGCUGGCUCAGAUGGCCGAGGUCCUGGAGAUGUUCGACCUGAGGAUGAUGGUGGAGAAUAUCAUGAACAAGGAAGCCUUCAUGAACCAGGAGAUCACGAAAGCCUUCCACGUCAGGAAAGCCAACCGGAUCAAAGAGUGUCUCAGCAAGGGCACCUUCUCAGACGUGACGUUUACCUUGGAUGAUGGAGCCAUCAGUGCCCACAAGCCACUGCUGAUCUGUAGCUGCGAGUGGAUGGCCGCCAUGUUCGGGGGCUCCUUUGUGGAAAGCGCCAACAGUGAGGUGCAUCUCCCCAGUAUAAACAAGAUGUCCAUGCAGGCGGUGUUGGAAUACCUCUACACCAAGCAGUUGUCGCCCAACUUGGACCUGGACCCCUUGGAGUUAAUUGCCUUGGCAAACAGAUUUUGCCUGCCGCACUUGGUUGCACUCGUAGAGCAGCACGCUGUCCAGGAGCUCACCAAGGCUGCUAUGAGUGGAGUGGGCAUCGAUGGUGAAGUGCUGUCUUACCUGGAAUUGGCACAGUUUCACAAUGCCAACCAGCUAGCCGCCUGGUGUUUACAUCACAUCUGCACCAACUACAACAGUGUCUGUUCCAAGUUCCGCAAGGAAAUCAAAUCUAAGUCAACAGACAACCAGGAGUACUUUGAGAGGCACCGCUGGCCCCCCGUGUGGUACCUGAAGGAGGAAGACCACUACCAGCGUGUGAAGAGGGAGCGAGAGAAAGAGGACCUGGCGCUGAAGAAGCACUAUUCCAGGAGAAAGUGGUGUUUCUGGCACUCGUCCCCGGCUGUCGCCUGAAGAGGAGAGGGGGGACAGUCAUCUGCUCGGCCACCUCCACACCAUUGACAGCUCUACUGUAAAAACCAGUCUCCUCAGCCAUGGGCACAGUUAGGGUCUGGGGCACUGGCUUUUCCACUUGUGUGCAUUUAUCUCCAUCAGGGUCGAAGCACAAGCUCUCCAUCCAUCCACGAGCCUGGACAUAAGAGGAAAGCUGGCUGACUCACGGCAUUCCUUCAACUUAUACCUGUCCUUUUUUGGGGGGGAGGGGGGUUGGGAAGCUUAAUACACUUUAGUCCAUUAUUUUGUUCCUUUUUAUACAAAGACAAACAAAUCCAGCUUUCAUGUUUCAGAUUCCGGAUUGGAAAAUAUUUUUAUAUAUUCUCUUGUAUUCCGUUGAAAUGACAAUACUUGUGUAUUACUUUAUUUCAUAGGCCACAAACUGACCACAAACUUGCCCCGUGAUUCUAUCGGCCUCACGUGACCACUACCAAGCAUUACUUGUAAUUAUAGAGUUAUCCUUUUUUGUGAGGUAAAGGGUUGGGCUGGAAGUGUUUAAUCUUUGUGCUGAUGAACAACAUUGUUAUAAUUACCUAUUUACAAGAUUUUUUUUCUAUUUAAGUGCUAGUAAUUACAUGGUUAUCUGUGCCAGAUAAACUAUGGUGAGGGCAAAUAUCCUACUGUUUAAGUUGUCUAGAUUCAAGAGGAUAACCCUCAUAAUCACUAGAAGGGCUUAUUAAAUCCCAGUACUAUCAGGGGCAAAACAGGCUGGCGGACCUGAUUACUGUAGACAAGAGUUUGAGUGCUACUAUUGGAUGACUGUGUCAGGGUUGGUGGCUCUCAGUGUUCUGUGACUCUGCUGGCAAUCCCUUUGGUAGCCCGAAUAGAGAUGAGCGAAGGGGGAAAGGCUCGCCCACUGUCUAUAGGUCUGUCACCUCGGCCCUCGCACCUGUGGCCAACUUCACUUUGUAAGACACGUAUUUUCUAAACUCUUCCUAGGGAAAAUUCAGGUCACCACUAAAGUAGGCCAAGGCAGACCACCUGCUCCUACAGCAGUCCCACGGAGCCCAUGAAAGCCCAGAGCUGGAGGCUGGGUCCUGCAUUCUCCAGCAGUGAAAGGAGCCGAAUCCCAAGAGCCUAGGAAAUGGUGCUAUUGUGUGGGAGUUCUGACCCUAUGCCCUUUGGGAAGUUUAGUUUUAGAGCAGAAUGUGAGAGCAGGGGAGCUCUCAAGAGGCAUUAACAUCAUUGCCCCUCGGCGGAUUAAAAUGUUACAGGACACACACAUUCACUCACUGAGUGUACGUACACACACACACACGCACACACCAUUAGAGCAUCAAAGCGCCACACCUGCCACGGGAUGUUGUGUGCUGGACACUGGGGCUCAUCCUGUUGGGAGGUCACCUUACUGAUGCUAAGGGCUAUACUGACUUUGCUUUUGUUUUCUAGUUUUUUUUUUUUU